CAGAGCAGGAUAUUAAAUGGCCUACCAUUCUUACGGCACGUGAAGGCAUCGCAGCUACUUUUACUUUCGGGACUUUCUAAGCAAAUGAAAGCGACUCAGCAGUGUCUCCUAUUCCUGAUUUUGGACAUCGGAGCCGCGGUACUUUAGUUACUUUUGUAGCUAAAAUGGCCAAAACCGUGUUGUUCGUCGUGUGUAGCUUUUUCCUUUUAUUCACAGGACAAUCUGACAAGUGUCCUUUUGAAAUUACCCCAUCCACAGUAGUGGUGGAGUAUGGAGGCGCGUUUACAGUCAACUGCAACUCAACUACAAAUGAAGUCGAAGGAAUGGGCUGGGAGUCAAACUACAAAGGAGUUGGACUCACAUACGCUCCUCAUGUCCAAUUAAAGAUCGAGGAAGUAAAAAGAUGGGAUAUGGAGUCUCAGUGCUUUAUAAAUUUAAAAAACGGUACACAAUGCAUCGAAAACUUACCAAUCACAGUUUACAAAAACCCUGACAGAGUCUUUAUAGUGCCUGAAAACCUACUCAUGGAGGAGCACAAAGAGUAUGAGCUGCAGUGUAAUGUAUCCAAUGUUGCGCCUGUGGCUUCUGUGUCUGUAGCAUGGUAUAUAGGGGAUACCAGGAUUCAGAAGGAGCAGCUUUCUUCUGCUGUCAUGCGCUCACCAAAGACCGAGGCAUCUUUCCUCAAAAUAACAGCAGACAAAGAAAAUCAUGGAAAGAAAGUAAUGUGCGAAGCCAAGUUUGACUUUCGACCAACAGGGCCAUAUAUAAUGCCAUCUAGAUCAGAUCCACUGGAUCUUCAAGUACUGUAUCAACCCUUCUUUAAAGAACCCAAAGUGGAGAUGGUUGAAGUGCCAACUAAUGGUAAAAUAACAUUGGAUUGCACAGCCCAGGGACACCCCACACCUACUUACCUCUGGCAGGUCCCUGAGCCCACUGAACAGCAGGUGAGGAGUCAACCUAUUUUGGACCUCCUGGGGCCCUUCCCAGGAACUUACAACUGUACUGCAUCCAAUUCCCAAGGCUCCAGCAUCAAGCAGUUUGUCCUCACAAAUGCUCCAAGGGACUACACAGUGCUAGCAGCCGUAGUUGGAGUCCUGGCAGUCCUGGGUUUCUUGUUCCUAAUCAGUGGACCAUUUAUUGUGACUAGAGAUGGGACUUUUUCACUCAACAAAGGCGGCUACAGCAAAGGACAGGUCUCGCAACCAAUAUGCAUGCAACUGAUUUCUCCCCACCUCUGUGGCUGCUGGAUGUCUUUAGUUUCAGGUGAUGGGUGCUCACUGAGUCUAAAGCCCCCCCGGGUGGUGGUGGGCUUUGGGGAGGCUGUGUCCGUCAGCUGUGAAGCCACUCGGCCAGUGCGUGUCCUGGGAUGGGAGUCGGCCAUUGGCCCCUCACACACUCAGCAGGAGCAGUCUGUGCAGUGGAAAGUGGACAGCCUUAUUGACUGGAUCGAGGAACCAAUUUGUUAUGGAGUGUUUCACACUGCACCAAGGCAAUGUGAGGAGAAACUGAACCUUGUAUUGUACAAGACCCCUGAUAGCGUCAGUAUUCGGCCUGUGGACCACACUGGGCCCAUGGUGGAGGCAAAGAAAUACCAGCUGCUCUGUGAGGUGCAAAACAUUGCCCCUGUUCAGUAUCUCACCCUAAAAUGGUACAGAGGAGAUACAAUGGUCCAUAACCACUCCUUUUCGGACCUUACAUCUUCUUCACCAGUCCAAGUGUCUUCUAUCCUCGAGAUCUUUCCAUCCAGAGCUGAAAAUGGUGCCAGCUACAGGUGUGUGGCUGAGCUGGAACUGGGACCAGAGGGACCACAGCCUCUUCCAAGUGUGACAUCUGAUUCACUCAAUGUCUCUGUCCAGUUUCCACCAACUUUCAUUGGGUCUGAAACAGAAGUGGUAGAGCUAAUAUCUGGUGCUGAAAUGGCCUUAAACUGCACUGCUUUGGGGCACCCCUCACCUGUGUACUCCUGGCAGUCACCCUCUGUCAUGCAACAGACUGGGGAUGAAGCUGUUCUUAUGUCAUCCACACUUGUGCCUGGACCCUACAUAUGUACUGCAUCAAACUCACUGGGGAAAAGGAGCAAGAAUUUCAUGGUUAAAGCAAAGACCAAAGGUGUUUAAAGCAAGCAACAACAUGGAAUAUGAUGACAACAUUUGCAACAAUUUUUCAUUCCUUAUUUCCUUUUUAAUCAAAGAGGAUUUUAUUUUUGCUGUUGUAAUAGCAAAUCUGAGACUAUUUAUGUAUUAGGUUGUUAUCCAACUGAAUUAGAAAAAACACAUUAAUACUAUGUUUAUAAAUUAACACAUAUGAACUGUGGCCUUUUCUUGAGUAUACAAUUUGUAUUCACUACAUAUGAACAUUCCUCAUGUCAAAUUUAAUAAUGAAAUAGGGCAUACAAAUAUAGGCCAGUGUACAUUGAAUUUCUGCUUUAGCUUUGAAAUGUGUAAAUAUGUAUUGCUUCAGUUUCAUAUCUUU